GUGCUGCAAGUGACAACAUGACAAACGGGGCAAGAUUUAAAAUAAUAAAAGAUAAGUAACGGCAAAAUUGGAAGCAAACUGUUCAAUGAACGGUGUUUUAGGCUAUUUUGAGUUUUGUUUUUUUUUUUUUUUUUUUUUUUUUUUCGCCCAAAGGCAAUUUUCAGUUUUAGUAUACAUAUAAAUACAAAUUUCUGUAUUUUAAUGCCCUUUCGAAUUCUGGGUUUAUUCCGACUACCCAUCCGAAUUCAUAUAUAUCUUGCUUGAGAACCUCCCAAAAGCUGGGUAACCCGUCAGGCCCACACUGAAUUGUGUUGCUCGGAGCCGUCAGAUCGGUAGACUCAAAACGAUCUAACGGCUAUUAUUCCAUUCUGUAAACGCAUGUACUGGAAAAUUGGUGCUGUUGCUCGAGAACGCCCAGAAGAGUUAUCCAUCUGUUAUCACACAAAAACGAGCCAUAGCAAAGGUUUCUCGGUCUCUCUCACUCGCAGAGAGCCAUGAUCCGCCGGACUUUUAGAUCCGCUCCCGUGAUCGGAGGCCGCGUUCAGGGAUGCGUUGCCAUGUUCCGCCGCGCAAUCGGCGGAGGAGCAGAAGCCCACGCGAAAGCCAAGUCAGAAUGGGCCCAGGGGCAGAACAGAGGAACUCGUAAUCAUCACAAGGCAAUAGAACCAAAAAUUCAUGGAGAUUUAACCAAAAACCCAAAGAGUCGUGGUGAAGUGAUUCGUAUGGGACGUGCCAGUCUUGUGGAUGAUCCUGUUUGCGGUGCGGCCCAAGGAAAGAAGGACUUCGAAGCAGAAUUAGCAGCGGAAAAACUUAAAUGUGGUCCUUGUGGAAUUUGCGGAAAGGAGAAAGACCACUGGAUUGAUGAUUGCCCUUACAAAGAAUGUAUCCCAAACCCUCUGGAGGUAACUGUUCUUGAUGGUAGGUAUGGAAUAAGGUGCAAGUAUUGUGGUCGGCCUGGUGGGCAUCCUGGUCGCCGGGGCUGGACUGGACGUGCUACUCUCAAGUUUUGUGGCCAUUGUUUGGCAUCGGGUGAGCACUGGACUGCAGAUUGCCCGUGCAUUGGGCCCGAUGAAGUUGCGAAAUGGAGAAAAGACAUUAAAGAGGAUGAACGUUAUUGUUUGAUGCAGGAACCCGAGAAAGAAUUUCUGGACUUAGAACCAUAUUUUAGGGCCGUGCAAAGGAAGGAUGAGGAAAAUGAAUAUGAUGCUUGA